AUGACACCGGCAGCGAGCGGAGCCGGCGGCGGGACGACGGCGCCCACAAACACCCCUGGUGAACGUGGCGAUGAUGCCAGCCUGGCCGCUCGUGCCGACUCUAGCGCCGCCGCUGUUACCGCCGUUACACCGGCAGCAGUGGCACCACUGGCACCUGGAGCGGCCACGGUGGAGGGGACAGGCGCGCCGGCGCAGAGCCGAAGCGGGCUUGCGGCGGCAGCGGCGGAGCUGCUGCUGGUGGGCGCUGGUGAUGCGCAGCAGGCGGUGGGCACGGAGGAGCGGGGGCAAGGCGCGAAGCAGGAGGGGAGGAAAGGAAAGCAGCGGCAGCAGCAUCAGCAGCAGAGGGUGCAACGCCCGCGGCGGCUUCGGGCCGACAAGAGAAAGGCGCUGGACAUGCUGCGCACGGAAUCGGAGCCUGGCGAGGACAAGAGCAAGCGCGGGAGAAUGAGCCAGGAGGAGGAAGAGGAGGAACGGGAAGGGGAGGAGAGGGAACCGGCGGUGGCAGCGGUGGAACAGGAGGAGGAGGACGAAUUGAGGGACGCUGGAGAAACAGAAGAAAUAUCUCCGGCCACGGCCCUUCUUCCGCCGCCGCCACCGGAUGAGCCCCCGCAGUCGGCGAAGCGAAAAAGGCAGUCGCCGAAAAAGCAGCUGCAGCAGCGCCAAGCAGCGGCAGCAGCAAAAACGGCGACCACACCACGCAAGAAUCAAAAUCAGAAGCAGAGGAAGCUACAGCUGCAACCGCCCAACUUCGAGAUCGAAAAGCACGGGGGCGGGAAAAUCCGCAAGCGCUACUCCUUAGAUUUCAAGGUGAAGGCAGCGAGAUACGCCCUUUCCCCCGACCCCAAGGGUCAGGCACGCGGUGGCACGGUCGGGGCGCGCUACGCCGCGGCGCAGCUCGACAUCCCCGAGUCGCAGAGCGUGCGGGAGUGGAUGAGGCGGCUGCCGGAGAUGGAGGCGGAGCUGAUGCGGGCGCAGACGGACGGCGGGGAGAAGGUGUCCCGCCACGUUCGCAGGAAGAAGUCCAUGUCGAAUGGGCGGGUACCGGCUACACAUAAGAUCGAGGAGGAGCUGCUCGCCUUCAUCCAGCGGGAGUCAUCGUCUUGUUCGUUCUCCAACGGGGUGGCUCAGGCGGCGGCGGCGGCGGCGGCGGCCUCGGGGUCGAAGAAGGUGUCUUCCCGCGCGGUCAAGGACAAGGCGCAGGAGCUCAUGCCGGACGUGUUCGGGGUGGUCCCGUCUUGGGAGCGCGACGGAGACGACUACCCCGUGGCCUUCAAGAGGUACGAGGCCAAGAUGAGCUCGUGGUGUCACCGGUUCCUCAAGCGCCAUCGGGUGGCGAACCUGUGCGAGAACCCGAACCCGAUCAAGAAGAAGAGGAUCGGGGAGGAGGGGGGCAGGCACGGGAGGUGGGGGGGCGGGGGUGGCGCCGCCGGUGCGAGCGGCGCCGGUGCUUGCUCCAACGGGGGCGAGGUCGAAGACGAGGAGGAUGCCGCUGGUGCUGGUUCCAAGGACGGGGAUGAGGAGGGCGUCGCAGGGGAUGAGGGAUGAGGGAGACGGUGAAACGGCCACAAAUGCGGUGGACGGGAAGCAUGCCGCCCCCUUGCCGUGUUGAGUUGUUCUACGAAUCGGUUGGGCCGAGCGGAACUGCGUUCGUCGUCGUGGGUUGAUGCCUCGGGAGCAGCUCCGGAUCAUGUGUGUAUGUGCUUUCGAUUUCUGGGAGCACAACGUAUCCAGUUGGUGCUUGCCUUGGUCACGAGAUGACUGUUGGCCCCACAUCAUACCGUCGUUGUCACCUGGUACUAGUAGAGCCACCUCCAGCGCCUUGGGAGCUACUCCCAUUUCUUGAAUGUCGAGAGCAGGGGGGGGGGGGGGGGAGGGUUGUAUUGAUGAGAAUGUACAUUGUCUGCUUAGAAGAUUGGUCGUGUGUGCACCACUGCAGCCGAUGCUGUUCACACAGCGGACAGAGCAUUAUUGUAACGGUGAUGGCUACAGAGCUGCUGCUGGUGCCGUUGCAAAAGGAAAGCUCGGCGUCUGCCCAGGUCAAUGCCCGAUCUGAUUUUCUUACACGUCGGGGCGGGGUGGUGCGUUCUCUGCUAUCAUACAUGUCCAAUAGCCGGGGGUCUUUUUCGCAUGCCGGCUCAAGAAAGAAGAACGAGUUGAUUGGCCAAGUUUACGACGUUUCCGCUGUGCGUGCGGUGCCUUGUUUUGAGCCAAGAAAACGCGUGUGCGUUCGAUCCGCACGUACGUUUGGGCCGAUCGCCGACUCCGUGCACCCACCCGGCGAAUCGUCACCAGACUGCCCGAGAUGGCUACUCGUACGCUGACCUGC